CGCUCACCUGCUCCCGGCGCUCAGUUGUCUGAGAAGCGGCAAAACGAGUCUGAACUGUGAGCUUCACUUCACCCAGGCUACUUUUAAACAAACGACUGGAAAAAAAAAAAAAAAAAAAAAAAAAGUGCACAUUCAGACGGAGAGGCCUUUCCUGCGGAGUUAUAUUUCUGACAGCCGGCUGCAGUCCGGGAUGGCGUGCUGACGGUUCAGCUGCUGUCUUACCCACGUCUGUCAACUUCGGCAUCAGAUCAACACGCUGCACAGUGUAUGUCUUAAAGUAUGAGUGCUCUGGGACCUCCGUCAAACCAAGCCAAUGGACUGGCCAGGUCGGACAGCAGGAUGAGCGCCAAGGCCCUCUACGAGCAACGGAAAAAAUAUUCUAAUUCCAACUUCAUCAUGCAUGAGACGUCGCAGUAUCAUGUUGAGCAUCUGUCGACGUUCAUCAUGGACAAGACGGAGUCCAUUAUCACGGUGGACGAUGCCAUCAAAAAACUGGCUCUUCUGGAUUCGAAAGAUAAAAUCUGGACUCAGGAGAUGCUCCUGCAGGUCUCAGACAAGUCGGUCAGGCUGCUCGAUUGUGACACGCAGGAAGAGUUGGAGAACUUCCCCCUGUCCAUCAUCCAGAUGUGUCAAGCAGUGAUCAACAAGACGCGCUACCACUCGGUGCUGCUGCUCGUGUGUCAGGACAGGGAUCAACACAAACCCGACAUACACUUCUUCCACUGCGAUGAAGUGGAGGCUGAGAUGGUCCAUGCAGACAUAGACAGUGCCAUUGGAGACAACAAACACGGAAGGAAAAUGAGGCUCCAAACUCUGAAGGUGAACCAGGAGAAGAUGAGGCAUCACAGAGAGACCAUCCUCCCAGCGGCAGCGUCCCAAGCGCCCCCGCCUGCUCCAAAGGGUCGGGUGACGGCUCCGAGCCCACGAGACAGACUACCAUCUGGACCACAAGACAAGGAGUCGCAUGAAAAACUGGCCCAGCGAAUCGAGAAGGAUGUGCAAAUCCUCAACUGUGCUCUGGACGACAUCGAGAUCUUUGUUGCACGCCUACAAAAAGCGGCAGAGGCCUUUUCUCAACUCAGCCACCGCAACAAGAGUAAGAAGAAUAAGAAGAAAGGACCAGCAGAGGGCAUGCUGACCUUGCGAGCCAAACCCCCCACUGAAGCAGAAUUCAUUGAUAGCCUGCAGAAACUGAAGCUGGCCUUCAACCUCUUGGCCAAACUGAAGAAGCACAUACAGAACCCGAGUGCCUCUGAGCUCGUUCAUUUCCUCUUUGGUCCUCUGGAGUUGGUACUGCAGACCUGCGGGAGUCCAGAACUGACGCGCUCAGUCAUCUCGCCUCACUUGUCCAGAGACGCUGUGGACUUCCUGAGGGGACACCUGUCUCCCAAAGAGAUGACCACCUUCGAGCUCCUCGGAGAUGGAUGGACCAAACCCAGAUCAGAGUGGCCCCCGGAAAAGUGCGCUCCUCCUUAUUACCCAAAGUUCCGUAAUGGUUGGGAACCGCCGGCGGAGCACUUCAGGACAGCUCCUUGGGAAACUGAGGGACCCAGUGGGCCGCCUCCGGCUCCUCUGUCUCCUCUGUCUCCCAUCAGUCCAAGUUAUGAGAGACCCUCAGCUGACGAUUUUUACGGAACUCACUCCUCGAGCUCGUCAAAUGGGUCUUACAACGGGUCUCAUCAUGGGUCACAUCAAAACCGCAAAUACGCCAAAAUACUUUACCACUUUGUUGCCCGAAACGCCAACGAGCUGUCCGUGCUGCAGGAUGAGGUCCUUGAGGUGAUUGAGGAUGACAAACAGUGGUGGAAACUACGGAAUCACAGCGGCCAGUCUGGCUACGUCCCCUUUAACAUCCUGGAUGUGGUGAAGACGGAUGACGUAGAUGGUCUCUUCAGCCCGACAUCACCAACCGCAUCAAUGAGCCCUACAAACACUUUCAACAAGGGAAGACAAAGAGACAAAAUGAUGGAUGAAGUCAACAGUGAGCUGCUGAAGGUGAUCACCGCUGGUAAAGCCCAGGCUCCCGUUAAGGUGAAGAUUGACCGGUCCGCCACCACCCACGUGCCGCUCACCUACGACUCCGACUCGGAGCAGGUGACCAAGUGGCUCACUGCGAAGGGCUUCUCUAAACCGACGGUUGAAUGUUUGGGGAUCCUGACUGGAGCUCAGCUGUUUUCUCUGAACAAAGAAGAGCUGAAGGCGGUGUGCGGAAGCGAAGGCAGUCGCGUCUACUCUCAGGCCACCGUGCAGAAAGAGAUGCUCGAGAAAUCCAGUGGAGACUCGGAGCUGAAGGAAGUAAUGACGCGGAGGCAGGAGAGGAUCGACUCCGGCGGCAUUUAAUGAACCCGUUGACCAACGCCGCCCACACCCCGAUGCUUUCCCUUUGCUCUCACCUUUCACAGCGCAGCAGUUUCCCAAAUCAAAUCUGCUGUUAAUUAUUACCUACAGUAGGAAAUACUAAAUUCGUGUAUACAUUUUCGAUUGUAUAUUUAUUUUGUACCAAGACAACAAGGCAAAAAGUGUUUCUCUUGCAGUUUAUUUCGCUCUUCUUUUCAAAUGUUCAAAAUAAAUGGUGUUAAAGAGAUACCUGCUGACGGGAGGAACACGUGAAUUCAAGUGCAGGUCCGUGCAUGUGAGUGAGCAUGUGUGUGCGUCACGUCCAUUGCAUGUAACGUACGUAUUUGUAUGAGCAGCGUAGUUGUUGUUUAUGGUCGUUGUCAAUAUUGCAGCUUUUUGGUAUAAAUGACAUGUUCAAAAAAAAAGAGAAGAGGAAAAAAAAAAGGUAGAUUUUAGCGAUUACAUUUCUGUCAGUGCCAGAAUGUUUGACUUGCUCUCUGAUAUAUAGCCAAUUAUCUUCACAUCACUGUUUACAGGUGUACCAAAUGACAGACGAUGUUAUGUGUUACUUCUAGCAUUUAUCUAUCAGUGUCCCAUCCUGGCCGGUGAAGACCGACCGGAGUGAAGUAUUACUAGACAUAAUGUUGCUCUUGAUAAUCAGAUUUCACACAUUCUGGCCGGCUUCUU